AUGAAAUCUGCGUAUUGGGCUUCUAAGACAGAGAGGCAAUCCAAGCCGCGCUCUGACUCUCGCCAAAUAAAGCUCCGUGCGUUUGAUACACUCCACGAGUCUCUAAUUCGACAGCCAUUGGUGAGUGAUGAGAAAACGACCUCGAUAAACCCGUCCACCAAAGCCGAACGCGUGAAAAUAGAUCUUGGAAAGCCGCUCCCGUUAGAAUACGAUACUGUACGACCGCAAUCCAGACGAGCGCCGCGUCUCAUAACCAAGAACGACGCGUCUUUUACAAAAGUGGACACAUCGUUCAGCCCACCCCCCAGAACGCUAAAUUCUCGUCUUUCAAAUCGCGCAAGGUUUUACGAGACUCUCAAAGAGAUACCAAAGCACAAUGUUGAGCAAACUGGAACUCCAGAGAGCCAAUUGAAUGCAGAGGAGAACGCUUUGUCACCCAGAGAAAUGCGCCUCAGACGCCUGCGCCAGACUUUGCUGGGAAACGAAGGCAAGCGCACACAACCUGAACGCACUACAGAAGCAGAAACAGAGCAGAAUGAUGCCUCUGAAAAUCCCGAGCCUGCCACAUGCCCGUCGCAAAAGGCUUCUAGGAUCAGAGGCAAGUUUCUAGACAGGAUUCCAGUCAUUUGUGAGAAGGUCGAGGAGAGUGACAUCCCUGAGAUUGAUAAGCGCAAAUACCUGGUUCCAUCCGAUUUAACAGUGGGCCAAUUUGUUUACGUGAUUAGAAAGAGAAUUCAGCUGCCAUCAGAAAAAGCCAUUUUCAUCUUUGUGAACGAUAUACUCCCCCCAACAGCAUCAUUGAUGAGUACAAUCUACGAACAAUACAAAGAUGAAGACGGGUUCUUGUAUAUUUUAUACAGCGGAGAGAACACGUUUGGACAGUUGGAAGGCGUCGAGGAAAUGCUUUAG